UAAACCCCAAACCCCACCCAAUAAUCGCCCUCCUUAAUGAUAAACACCAAGAGAAAUUAAAUACUACAUUUUUUUCUUCUAAUCUCUUUUGGAGGCCCUCCACAAUUACUUUAUUUUGGUUGUUGGUGGUAGUGGUGGGUGUUUCUUUUUUUAAUUCUAUUUAUUUAUUUAUUUUUGUAGCAUCAAGAAGGAGAAGGAGGAGAAGAAGGAGAGAGAAGAGAAGAGAAGAGAAGAGGAGAGGAGAGGAGAGGAGAGCUCCUCCUCCCUCUUGCUUUUUUUUUUUCCUCCUCUUUUUCAUAUUGUUCUCUUGGGAUCUGAUUUUUGUCCCCAUACUGGGAGGGAAAGAGGCAGCAAUUGAUUUUCUUUCUCUUCUUUGUUCUUGCUCUUCUUCUUCUUCCUCCUCCUCCUCCACUCUUCCUCAUCCUCCUCAGCUCUGUGAAGGACAGCUGCUUGACAGCAAUCUCUGCUGCCUCUGGUUCUGCCUCCCAUGAGGAGCACAACAUCAGUGUAAUCACAAAGCAAGGAGCCCUCCUAUGGCGUUGCUGAGCUUAUGAAGGAGCUCUGACGACUACCGGUGCAUGCUUCUGCCAUCAAUCAGUUGACCCAACAAGGCAAUUCAAUCAGAAUUUCGGUUUGGUGAACUCUGUAAUUGCUUCCCUGCAGUAUCCAUGCCUUCACAGUAAUCUUGCUAAUUGAGUUGUCAAAGCUGCGACAUGGCUACUUAUUACUCAAGUCCCGGCAAUGAAAGAGACUCACAAGCUAUGUACCCAGCGGAUUCAGGCAAUUCAUCAUAUCCUGUGCCAUCAGCAAUAGGAAACAUGUUAUAUCCUGGCAAUGGAUCUUCUGGACCAUACACGGAAUUUAGUGGCAUUAUCCAACAUCAACAGAAUUUCAUGGAGCUGCCUGGCCAUCCAACUGCAAUCUCUCAAGAUUCAUCGGCAAGGGAACCUAACAUGGUCUCAUCAUAUACAGAGCAGCGCUCUUUUGGUCCUGCCAAAGAUAUGAGAAAUGAGAUGUUGAUGCAUUUGAUGGAUGGAUCACAUAGUGCUGGUGCUGAUCUCAUCCACAAUGAUACUCAUAACAGUGCGCAGAUUGAGUUUGGCCUAUUGAACAAUCACAAUUCAAUGAGUGUUGCACCAACACCAGGCCAAGGGUUGUCUCUGAGCCUCAACACGCAUAUCCUGGCGCCUUCAUACCCUUACUGGUCUGCAAAACAAGAGUUGCUAACACCACACUCUUACCAGGGCGAUGACAACAGAAUGAAGAAUAUGCAAUCUGAGGCCUCACAGGCAAUCCGACACUCGAAGUAUCUGAAAGCAGCACAAGAAUUGCUUGAUGAGGUCGUCAGUGUUUGGAAGAGUAUAAAACAGAAAGCACAGAAAGACCAGGCUGAGGCAGGAAAAUCAGAUAACAAAGAAGCCGAUGGGGGUUCGAAAGGUGAGGGGGUAUCUUCCAACCCACAGGAGUCUACUGCCAAUGCUGCACCUGAGCUUUCUGCUGCUGAGAAACAGGAGCUACAGAAUAAGAUGGCAAAACUUAUGGCGAUGUUGGAUGAGGUGGACCGAAAGUACAAACACUAUUAUCAUCAAAUGCAAAUUGUUGUCUCAUCUUUUGAUAUGGUUGCUGGGUCUGGAGCUGCCAAGCCUUAUACUGCAGUUGCCCUUCAAACAAUAUCAAAACACUUCAGAUGUCUCAAAGAUGCUAUCAAUGAUCAGAUCAAUGUUAUCCGGAAGAAACUAGGAGAGGAGGAGAGUUCAUCUGGUAAAGAGGGAAAAUUAACACGCCUCCGUUAUAUUGACCAGCAGUUAAGACAGCAGCGCGCUUUCCAGCAGUAUGGUUUGUUACAGCAAAAUGCUUGGAGGCCGCAGAGGGGACUGCCUGAAAACUCAGUUUCAAUUCUUCGUGCUUGGCUUUUUGAGCACUUCCUUCACCCGUAUCCAAAAGAUUCUGAAAAGCUAAUGCUAGCAAGACAAACUGGCUUAACAAGAAGUCAGAUUUCAAAUUGGUUCAUAAAUGCCCGUGUUCGCUUGUGGAAACCGAUGAUUGAAGACAUGUAUAAAGAAGAGAUUGGGGAGGCAGAUCUUGACUCAAACUCCUCUUCCGACAACGUGCCAAGAAGCAAGGACAAAAUAGCAACAUCUGAAGAUAAGGAGGAUCUGAAAAGCUCUCUGAGCCAGACCUGUCAACCAAGUCAAUUGGGUGAAUCCAAAGCCAACAUCGGGAUGAUGAACCUUGGUGGAGCACCAGCCAGCUUCCACAAUGAAGGCAACCAAGACGACAGCUUCAUGAACCUAAUGUUGAAGGACCAAAGGCCGGGCGAAGCCGAAGGCAGCCUCCUCCAUGAUGCCGUAGUGCAUCAUUCCGACGAGAAUGCUCGGUUCAUGGCUUAUCAUUUGUCAGGGAUCGGGAGAUAUGGGAACAGCAACGUGUCAUUGACACUAGGCUUACAGCAUGCUGAGAACAGACUUUCAGUUCAGAACACUCAUCAGCCAGGUUUCACCGGUGCCGGAGAAGAAGAAAUUUACAACUCCACUGCUUCUAUUGGUGUUGCUGCAGCGGCCUCUUCAGACUAUGAAUCCACGAACCAAAUAGAUCAACGGCAACGGUUUGAACCGUCGCCUCUAAUGCAUGAUUUUGUGGCCUAGAUGGUCGAAAUACCAAAAACAUGGUGGCAAAAUUUGCCCGGGGGAGCAUUUGUAAUUUGUAGUGCAAGAAUAACAUGCCUGAAAAAGCAUGGAAAUUGUAGCUGUAGUUUGCAUUUGGUACAGAAGAGGGGGGUAUAGCAUGAAAUGUAAUAUAAUUAAGUUUAGUUGGUGGGGGGUUAUAGGGGUAAAGAAUCCUGUAAAGAUGGAAUACAUCAUACAUGUAAAAGAUUAUGAUUUUCAGAACCAUGCUGUAAAAAAAGAACACCUGUAAUAACUACUUGUCAUCCAGGUAUAUAUUGUUCAGCCUAUUGACAAAA